AUGAAGCGCUCACGUGAGCCUGAAGAGAUCCCUCCAGAGGAUACGGCAGCGGUUGGCCCAAACACGAUGACGGCGGUGGCGGGGCAUCGCAAUGGCAAUGGCAAUGGCCUGUUGACCCAUAGCAGCAACGGCGCCGGCGAUGGCUUGCCGCCUGCUGCCAAAAUCCCUGAGCUCGACCUGUCCGACAACGGCAACGGCCGCGAUAUCAAGAUGCGCUGCUCGCUACCUCCUCACAAAGAACCCGUGUUAUUCUCGUCAUACGACGAAUACGAGACCCAUUACAGUGACCAACACACCAACCGCUGUGUGGAAUGUCGCAAGAACUUCCCAUCUGCCCACUUCCUAGACCUGCAUAUCGAGGAGACGCACGACUCAUUCGCCCAGCUGCGGCGGGAACAGGGGGAGCGCACGUACUCGUGCUUCGUGGAAGGCUGCGAGAAAAAAUGCAGCACGCCGCAGAAGCGAAAGAUGCACUUGAUCGACAAGCACAUGUACCCCAAAAACUUCUUCUUUGCCAUCACACGGGACGGCAUCGAUGGGCGGCAGUCUCUAUUGGUAGAAGGCCGGGCGCGUCGUCGGAGAUCUAGCGCCGCAACGGCACCAGGGCCGGGGUCCUCCCAAAACCGGGGGCAGGAAUCUGGUGUCACAAAGCAACCAUCUGAACCAACAGAUGCUUGUGACGCGCAAGACCCGGGCCAGAUAAGCCCCAAGCAGCAGCCGGAUCAGGAAAUGGAGGAUCUGUCCAGCGCCAUGUCAUCGCUGCGGUUCGUCCCGAUGAGUGUCCGGUUCGGCCGGGGCAAGAAGGCCGGUUUUGCCAAA